ACAACAAACAAAAUCUUGAAAAUUUUGGAAACUAGAUAUAAAAAAGAUUCAUCUAAUACCAACAUGUUACGCGGAUUACAGCAGAUUAAUACUCUAUUUACGAUUCUCGUGUUUAGGGAAUUAAACUGUGAACAGCUGUGUAAUCUGGGUAAGUCUCAUCUAAACAACACCAGCAUAUCAUCGAUAUAUGUUGGUACUGGUGACGUUCGACUUAUCGCAGAAAACGCCUUUAAUGGACAAUAUUCAGAUUACAUUCCUCAAUGCGCAGGGACUCAGCCGGUGGCCUGGAGUCAAACUGCCUGGUGGCAGGUUACCUUCAAAUCUCUUUCGAUGAUAUUUAAAAUCAACUUAAUCUUCAGAGAGGAAUACUCUCGCCAUGAAAAAUAUUACGUCUUCAUCACCAAUGAGACGGUGUCACCAGAGGAGCUGAACACCCUUAAUCCUGUGUAUCAUGACGGACACGUCAAACCAAGCUACCAAAACACGAUCGUUUUCCCUGGUGGUCAUCAAGGACUCCAAGUUUACAUCUUAGUAAACAGGACUGUCACCGAUGAGGACCAUGGCAAUUAUGUGGAACUCUGUGAGGCGGAAGUUUACGGGUGUAUACAUGUAACUUAUGAAGAAGCUCCUGGUUGUAAGUGCCGAAAUGGAAACACCACGAUGGAUGAUCAGAACUUGGUUCUGUGGGACAGCAGAAUUGCAUUUGGAAAUGGGAACGUCACCCUACAAUGUUACAAGGACUACCUCUCUAUCAUGAACCUGAUCAGUCAGACUGAGUCAGAAUUAGAGAGUAUUUUAGAGGCGUGUGACGGAAAACAACAAUGUACCAUUCCAACAAGUCAGAACUUAAAAGACAGCUCAAUCAGCUUUUAUUGCACCGACCGUUGUGUAAAUGAAGCCUACAACAACACAAUCCCUGUCUCUCAACUGAUGACUGAUUCAGGUUUAAGGUAUCAUACCGAUGUCAUGACAGAGUUUAGUGCGUUGUUCAAGUCUCGAGAAUUAAACUGUUCGGACCGACAUGUACUGACCAAAGGAAACCUCACUCUGCAGUGUCAACGAGAGGGGCAGUGGAUUGGGGAAGCCCCAGUGUGCAAUAUUACAUGCCAGGAACCUAUACACGAUAACAGUACGACGAUUCGACAUACACAUCCCUCCCCCAAUUAUUUUGUUGAUUAUAGUGUAACUUACACAUGCAGGAAAAAUCAUCGUAUCGUGAAAGGGAAUUUAACGAGAGUUUGUAACAAGAGAGGUGAUUGGACAGAAGAUAAACCUGUCUGUAAACGUUGUAAGUGCCCAUGUGAGCGGUUAAAGUCUCAGAAUUUCAUUACGGACCCUCAAGAACUACAUAACAGAAUAAAAGAAAUAGAAAAAGAAUUGGAAAUAAACAAAAAAGCACUUUCUGCUACAGUGAGGAAGAAGACAUGCGCAAAAGACGAAAGAAAAUCAGCGAAAGGAAUUGGUUCCGUUCUCGGGAUCGGGAUAAUCGUUUUUGUUGUGUCCAUUAUUGUUUGUAGUGACAUCCCAAUGCUCUAUAGACACAUCCGUUACGGCCCUUGAUAUCGACUGCAGGCUGAUUUGCUAUAAUCCGUUACGGCCCUUGAUAUCUAUUGCGGGCUGAUUUCAUCCGUUACGGCCUAUGAUAUCAACUGCGGGCUGAUUUGUUAUUUUUGUUUGUUAAUAUGUUUUGAAUUAUUUAUCCAUGGUCUACAGAAAGACUUGAUCGGUGAUUUUAAUUACUUUUGAGGAAACCAGAAAAAAAUAAGAAAUUUAAUGUUUAUUGACCUUUUCAAAUGAACAAUAGACAUGCGUUCUGUUUUUGUAUAUCUCAAAGUGAAUUGUUUAAAUGCAUUUAUUUUUAUUUUCCGUUAAUACCAUUCAAAUGCCCGAUGGCCUUGUCUCUAAAUAAGUCAUCGGUUCUGAAAGUUACACAGUUUCUAAUAUCGCAAUGUAAAAAAAGAAGAAAACUGGGAGAAAUAUUUGCUUGUCCAACCUACUAAAGAGAAUAUCAACACAACAUUUGCCCAGAUUUUCCAAGAGAGUCACUUUUGUAGAUUUGUAGAUCUAUCUAAUGCCAUGACCGAUGUAAAGCUCCUGUAACCCAAACCUUAAACUGGUUCAUGUUUAAAAGGAAAUUUAAUUUUUCAUCGUCAUAUUAAUUUCGCUCGGACACUCGAAUCGGAAACACGAGUUAACCUAAUCUAUAAUGCAUCAGCAGUGAGCCUUUUCCAAUGCUUCGAAUGUUUGUCGCAUCGUUUCUGUCCUGAUCAUAUUGCAAUCUAUGUACAUUUUUUUUUAUAAAAAGGAGAAAUAAAUACACAUAACGACAA